GCGUAAGAUACACAACAAUAACAGUGCUCUCCCUGUGCGAGUAACGGUCGGGUGAUUCUCCGGGUGAUUCCCAUUCUGUGCUCGCGUGUGAUAUUCUUUAAUCUUCUAUUGUUAAUGUUAUUAUUGUGUUCUCACAGCUUUCACUUAAUUCUUAAUUUAUCUUGGUUUUUUCUGAAUAUUCUUGCCGAGGCCGACUGGUGGCCCGCCCUCAGUCUGAGAAAGUCUGGCUGGUGUCUGAUCUCCAUCGCAGUCAAACCCUUCCAAACAUCUUUCAUCAUCGUCCACCACCACCGCCCAUCGCCCGACUUCCACCCCCAACUCCAUCCACCAACAUCGAUUUUCCACCCUCCGCCAUCUCCUCUCUAUCGCACCAUUCAAUUCCUUUAUCCACCGCUUAUCAUCGCGUCUCUCGUGACCCCCUCGCGACCGCCCGCGACCGCCCGCGACCGCUCUCGCUCUCUCCGAUCUCGUCACUCUCCCUCCUCCCACUCGCUCACUCGCUCAUUCUCCUCUCGCGCCGGUACACUCAUAUCGAGCCCGGAGUGACGAGACACCGCCACAUCUCCUUUUCCUACUCUACCCGAUCAUGGCGCUGGAGCCGCAACCGCCCAGCGUUCGCAAGCGCGUCAAGGUCUACGAACUCAGGGAUAAUGACUGGUUUGAUCGGGGAACGGGGUUUUGCACCGGCCAGUUCUUGGAAGUAAGAAUCGCUUGCCC